CAGUUUUGGUAAAACCAGGCUGGGCAAUGGUAUCAACAUUCCAUGGUGUAAGCUUUUCUUUCUUCUUAAGAUCUUCUUCUUCUUUCUUGAUUCUUUCUUCUUCCUUUUCCAAAUCCUGCAGAGCUUUCUUCAAAGUAUCCAAGUCUGUUGUAUCAGAUUUUGAUGAUUCUAAUUCAGCUACUCUCUUCAUAGUUUCUUGAAGUUUUUUGAGAGUUCUGUAUUUAUGCAAAUAAUGUGAAUAAGUUUCCACAGUUGACUUAGUUGGCAAUAAAAUAAAGUAGUAAAACGCUUACUCCUGUUUCUUUCUUUCGUGCUCCCUUUUCUCUCUUUCCCUCUCUUCCAUUCUCUCGAUUCUUGCUUGAUGUCUCCAUCUGAACAAUGAAGGUGUGUCGAUGUUGGGAUGAGUGUCAUCCUCAUCAUCUGAGAUCUGUUACAAAAAAAUGAUUCAUUGUAUCAGUAAAAAAAGAAAAAAAUAUGAUCUGAUUAAGAAUAAAGCGUUUUUCCAUGUUUGCAUUAGAGAACAAGUGGAUAAUAUCCCAGUAAAUUCCAGAACUCCAAAGCUGACUCACACAAAAUGGCAAAAAUGUUGCUACAUCCGCACAAAUACCUAUGGAGCAGAAAAGACUCUCAGUCAGAACACAACAAAUAAACAAUCAGCGAUAAGGCCGUUCCGCCACUGUAUAUUUUCAUCCUACUUCCAGAACUUUCUACCCGCCGCGAGCGCUGAAAAGAAACGGAUAUCGUCCUAAUGCAGCGACGAUAAUACUCACCUCGAUGUCUUUCCACUUGCUAUAGUCAACCAUUUUCACCCGGUCUUGAUUUCGCUAGGCUGGAAAAAUCGACUCCGAAAAAGGCUACCGGCUACUCGCUUUUUACUCUCGUCGUCAGCUUUCCUCGUGAGAUACGGAAUUUGCACUUGUUAACUGUCGCGGGUUGGUCGCGGUAGAUUCUGAUUUCUGAUGGUGCACUGGAGCCGGCGCAGUUUCUAGAGUCUUUCGCGGUGUACUUCUGCGCGCAGGUUGACCAAUGGCGGGAGUGUUGUGGCUACUAGGAAAACAGCUGUGAGGGUAGUUAGCAAAAGGACCGUAAUUUUUACGAGAGUUGUCACUUUGUCAGUGGGAGAACGAUAGGAUAGAACGUUCUGAGAAUACGUAAGGACUUUUGGUGGGUUUUCCCAUGAUGAUGUGUUUGGACUUGGAAAGGCACUGAGAGUUCAAUGCCACUUGCAAAGGAAGCAGAUGAAUUUUUAUAAUAUGCUAAUAAAUCGUUAAGAUGAUAUCGACAAGAUAUGCUUCAUUUUUUUACGGAAUCGUAAUAGCUUCCGUCACUUGGGCAUUUAGUUUGUAUCUUUAUUCUCGGCUUUCUCAAAAUGAUAACAAUGUCAAUCCCACUAUGUUCGUGUCUGAUCUUCCAAAUUCUCUCAAGGAGUCAACUUUUGAUCAAAGAAUAAGGCAGAGACAAGAGAAUAGUAACUCUAUCUAUAAAUUAGGCAAAGAACUGGUUGGUGGUAAGGAACAGUAUGAUUGGAAAUCAAGAAGAGAAUACAAAAACAGUGACAAACUUCUACAACAGUUAAUGCCUGUUCCAGUUAAACCAUCUGUUACUGUUGGACAAGGUUUGGAUGAAUUAGGAUUGGUAAAAAAUAUGGACGAACAGAAGAAGCGAGAAGAGGGUUAUAAAAGUUUUGCUUUUAAUGUACUUGUUUCUGAUAACCUUAGUUUACAUAGGGAUAUUCCUGAUACAAGGCACAAGUUAUGUAAAAAUCAAACAUAUGACCAAAAACUUCCAAAUGCCAGUAUUGUUAUAUGUUUUUACAACGAGCAUUACAAUACUCUACUAAGAUCUCUAUAUUCUAUUCUUGAUAGAACUCCCAAACAUUUGUUACAUGAGAUUAUUUUAAUUAAUGACUUUAGUGAUAGUAAAAGUCUCCAUGAACAAGUAAGAGAUUAUGUUAAGCAAAAUUUUGACAAUAAAGUUAAGUACUACCGAACAGAGAGAAGAGAAGGCCUCAUUCGAGCAAGAAUGUUUGGGGCAAAGAAAGCUACUGGAGAAGUUUUAGUUUUCUUGGAUAGUCAUAUUGAAGUAAAUAAAAUGUGGUUAGAGCCUUUGUUAGCUAGAAUAUCUCAUUCAAGAACAAUUGUGCCAAUGCCUGUGAUAGAUAUCAUAAAUGCAGAUACCUUUCAAUAUAGCUCAAGUCCAUUAGUGAGAGGUGGAUUUAAUUGGGGCUUACAUUUUAAAUGGGAUAGUUUGCCAAUCGGUACAUUAUCACUAGAGCAGGAUUUUGUAAAACCUAUUAAGUCACCAACCAUGGCUGGAGGUUUAUUUGCAAUGGACAGAAAAUACUUUUUUGAACUUGGUGAAUAUGAUGCUGGAAUGGAUGUAUGGGGUGGUGAAAAUUUAGAAAUAUCAUUUAGAAUAUGGAUGUGUGGUGGCAGCAUAGAAUUGAUACCAUGUUCAAGAGUAGGUCAUGUAUUCAGAAGAAGAAGACCUUAUGGAGGGAAUGAUCAGCAAGAUACCAUGCUAAAAAAUUCUUUAAGAGUAGCCUAUGUUUGGAUGGAUCAGUACAAAAAAUAUUUUCUUAAAAAUGUUAAAAAAAUAGAUUAUGGUGAUAUUACAGAAAGACAGCAGUUGCGCCAGAAACUUCAUUGCAAAGAUUUUGCUUGGUAUUUAGAACAUGUUUAUCCAGAAUUAACUUUGCCUGAUGACAAUCCAGAAUUGAUGAAAAGUAAAUGGAGUAAAGUUAAUCAAAAAUUGAUUCAGCCCUGGCAUUCACGCAAGAGAAACUACACCAAUGAAUACCAAAUAAGGCUCAGUAACACAGCUCUUUGUAUUCAAAGUGAGAAAGAUGUAAAAACCAAAGGAGCCAAAUUAAUUUUAGCGCCAUGUUUAAGGAUUAAAACACAGAUGUGGUAUGAAACAGACAGGCAGGAAUUGGUUUUAGGACAAAUGCUUUGUUUAGAGGGAAGUGAAAAAAUGCCUAGACUUGGUAAAUGCCAUGAAAUGGGUGGCACACAAGAAUGGAAGGUUAAUGGCUCUAAUAAAAUACCAAUCUACAACAUAGCAACAGGAACCUGCUUAGGAGUUGUAGGUCCUAAAAAGAAUAUGCAUGUUACAAUGGAUUUAUGCUAUAAGGAUGAUAAGUCAACUAUUACAUGGGAUCUUGUAAGGUCAAAGUUACCUCUUAAAGCUGCAAGCUGACGUAAAUAGCAUAUUAACGUUUCAAAUCAAAAUUAUGUGAAUGAUUUAAUACAUUUUUUUUACAAUUUUUAAGUGACAGAUACUUUUUACCCUAAAACAACGAGUGUUUUUAAAUAAUUUUAUGAAUUUUGAUAUAAACUACUUAAAAUUUUUAUAUAAAAAAAUUAUACACUAUUGAUUUUAUAAAAUACGAACUUUGAUAGCAAUAUAUUAUACAUAUUGGAAUAAGCUAUACACUCAUUGACUGAUUAUAAUUUGAAAUAUUUUUUAGUAUUUAUUAGUAAAACACAUUAUAUGUUUACUAAUCGAUUCCUCGAAUCUCUUCUAACUUUAAAAACUUUUAUUUAAUGUUAUACUUUCUUAAAAUAUUUUGAUAUUCCUACGAUUUAUUUAUACAUAACUUCAAUUGUUAUAUAUUUGUAAAUUAUAUUAUAUUAUAUCUUUUAAGUUGUUGAAAUAUUUACGUUGAAUUAAUAUGUAAUGUAUACCGAACAAUAUAUUUUUAAUGUGUAUUGAAAA